UGGGAUCGACCCGGAAGAUCUCUGUUUCAGACCCGAAAAGAGUAAAAGAAAAUCUUGAGAAAUAAGACACUUGUUUCUGCUUAGAUCUCUUUUCAUCUCUAUUUCAGACCAAAACGAGCUGAAAAAGAGUAAGACUGUAAUUCUUGCUUAGAUCUCCUUUCUGGGCUCUUUGGGAAGUGAAAUCUACAAAUUUCCUGGUUGAUUUACAGUGAGAGAAAGAGAGAGAGAGAGCGAGAGAGAAAGAGAGAAAGGGAGGGAGAGAAGAUGAAUGUAUUCAGGUCUGCAGGGGACAAGACCCAUUUGCCGAGUGUUCUUGUUUUGCUCCUCAAGCUACACACUGUUAAAUCUUGUGCUGAUUUUGCCCAUAGUUUGGGAGUCAAAUCGCAGUAAAAUCUGACCGCUGGUCCCUUUUGGUACUCAAAAUAUUUUCUGAUCAAAGAGGUUUGGACUUUUUGGUGAUGUUGCAGAUCAAUAAAUUGCGGUCCUUCAUUCAACGUGGUGGGUUGCUAGAAGAAGUCCAUUGGUCUGUCCUGAAACAGUUGCUUCUUCUGUGUUCUUUAUUAUCCUUUUCUGAUGCUAAAUUACGUGACAAAAUGUUGGAAAGAGAAGCUGUCUCUCCAGCUACCCUUCUUGUGGAUGCGCCUGCCAUGCCCGAGCUGCCAUUGCCUGCCAAACUGGGUUUCUUUCAUAAACCUCAUGGGAAUCAUCUAAACCCUUAUGGUGCACCUGCUCAACCUCCUAAUUAUGGUCAUUUUGUGAUUUCUGCACCCCCUCCAAAUUCUGGUUUGUCCAAACCUUCAAUGGAGAAGAGUGGAACCGUACCAGCCAGUGCUAGCAUUCCACCUCCACACCUUGCAGAGAUUUCGCCCGCUCAACCUGAACCUAGUACUUUACCUGCUGGUUUAGCUCAGCCACCUUUACCUCCAGGCAUCUCUAAUUGUUGUGGACCAGACAUGGUGCUCAAACGCGGGAGCCAUGGUUGCCACUGUGUAUAUCCAAUAAAGCUUGACAUUCUCCUUUUGAAUGUCUCAUCUAACCCAAACUGGAAUCUUUUUCUAGAGCAGUUUGCUUCCCAACUAGGCUUGCGAGUGUCGCAGAUUGAGCUCAUCAACUUUUAUAUGGUCAGUAUAUCUGGCCUUAAUAUAUCAAUGGACAUCACUCCACAUACGGGCAUAAGUUUUUCUGCAAGUGAAGCCGCUGGAAUAAACUCUUCGCUGUCAGCGCACAAGGUACAUCUAGAUCCUGCUUUAGUGGGUGACUACCAGCUUCUCAACAUUACCUGGUUUAAACCACCAUUACUGCCUCAAGCUCCAGUUUCUAAUACGUCUCCAACGGAAGCACCUCCAAACCUUCCGUCAACUCCUGCAGCACUUGUUACUUCAAAAAAAGUGAAACGGCCAAGUUUAGUUCUUGUUAUUGGACUUGGAGCUAUUAUCCUGAUAGUUGCUGUCAUUUCUGUGGUUAUACUUUGUUUCUGCAUAUCCCGUCAGGAAAAGCACAGUAAACCAUUCAAAGAAACAGUAGCCAAACAAAGGAGUGUGGAAGCAAUUCCAGCAGUAGGAUCUCUUCGAUGUCCAACCAGCACAAGAUUUCUCACCUAUGAAGAAUUAAAAGAGGCUACAAAUAACUUUGAGCCUGGCAGCAUUCUUGGAGAGGGUGGCUUUGGGAGAGUUUUCAAGGGUGUAUUAAGUGAUGGUACUGCCGUAGCCAUAAAGAGGCUUAGCAGUGGUGGACAACAAGGGGAUAAAGAGUUCCUGGUUGAGGUUGAGAUGCUUAGCAGGCUGCAUCAUCGUAAUCUAGUGAAACUUGUUGGGUACUAUAGUAAUCGUGACUCCUCACAGAACCUCCUAUGUUACGAGCUUGUUCCAAAUGGAAGUUUGGAGGCCUGGCUUCAUGGGCCCUUGGGACUAAACUGCCCACUUGACUGGGACACCAGAAUGAAAAUUGCUCUUGAUGCUGCACGAGGACUUGCAUACUUACACGAGGACUCUCAACCUUGUGUCAUUCACAGAGAUUUCAAGGCAUCAAAUAUAUUGCUCGAGAACAACUUUCAUGCUAAAGUUUCUGAUUUUGGCCUUGCAAAACAGGCCCCUGAAGGCAGGGCAAACUACCUUUCCACUCGUGUUAUGGGAACUUUUGGCUACGUUGCCCCUGAGUAUGCCAUGACUGGGCAUCUCUUGGUGAAGAGUGAUGUUUAUAGUUAUGGGGUGGUUCUUCUUGAGUUGUUGACAGGUAGAACGCCUGUAGACAUGUCACAACCAUCAGGCCAGGAGAACCUUGUUACAUGGGCUAGGCCGAUUCUAAGAGAUAAGGAUCGAUUAGAGGAACUUGCUGAUCCAAGACUCGAAGGGAAGUACCCCAAAGAAGAUUUUUUCCGAGUUUGCACGAUUGCAGCAGCUUGUGUCGCCCCAGAGGCCAGCCAACGGCCUACAAUGGGAGAAGUCGUUCAGUCUCUCAAAAUGGUGCAACGGAUUGCAGAAUACCAUGAUUCUGCAGUAGCUUCCAACACUGCACCCAAUCUUAGGCAGUCAUCGACAACCUUUGAGUCGGAUGGUACAUCGUCUAUAUUCUCUUCUGGUCCUUACUCUGGUUUAAGUGCCUUUGAGAAUGACCACAUUUCUAGGACAGCUGUAUUUUCUGAAGAUCUUCAGGAAGGACGAUGAUUAUAUCUUUAUCUAGAAUUUGUUAACUUCACAAUCAAGGAAGCUUUCUAACCAACCCUGCAAUAGUUCGAGUUGUGAUCGUUUGGAGAUGGUAUGCACGACACGAAUCUGUCGAGGGUUGAGAAAGAAGCUUCUGUGUUUCUUGUGGACAUGGCCAAGUUGUGCAACUCUACAUCCAAGUAAUUGUGCUCCAGUCCAUCCCAUGUAGAGAAUAUUUAAGUUUUCCAGAGUGUUGGCCUCAUUCUCUGCAUGUUGAGAUGAGACUUUGUACAUAUAUUUCACUUAUAAUCUUUUUUCAAUGUAUUGGUUUUCCAGUUUUAUUCCUUAUUA